AUGUCGGCGGCGGUGCGCGCUGCUCUAGCCGCCAAAAGGGCUGAGCAUCGUUCCCGCUCUGCUUCGCCUACCAAACCCACUCUUUCCAUUCCCAACGGCAACGAUGAGCUUCCUCACUUCGGACAUCACCUCGAUGCUUCGAUAGCCAGUCCCUUCGGCUCCCCAAAGCCUGCCUCCAGGUCCGUUACACCAACCAACUUCAACCGCGCAUCGGCUUCGCCUGCGCCAGAUACAAGCCUGAACCAAAAGUCGGAAGAAGACGUUGUGCGCCUCAGCAUUCAAAAUGGCAAAGUCAAUCUUUCUUCACGCUCACCCUCUCUUCGCGAGGUCCCUGCAUUACUCCUUUCUCUAUUGGCCGACGAGCCGCAGCCCUGGUUCCUCCAGAUCCCCGAGGAGGACCGACAGCCCUGGUACAUGCGCGAAGAGCUUCACACUCUCCAGUUGAGCAACAACGAGCUCGAGUCGCUCCCCGACAAGCUAGCAGAGUUUCGCGGCCUCAAACGUUUGGAGCUUCACAGCAACCGUCUCUCCAGCCUUCCAUCUACACUGUUCCAGCUCUCUGCUCUCACCAACCUCACUCUCUCCAAAAACGGCCUCACCGCUUUCCCGAGCUGUCUCCUAGCCCUCGACCAUCUCGUGACGCUCAAUCUCUCCCACAACAAGAUCCAGAAUCUAUGGAAGGACGAAGACGUGACAGCGGCACGAGCGCAACGAGAGGCAUGGGACAAGGAGAACGCGGUGCAGGAGAACGGCGUAUGGGCGGGUCUCUCGCCUUCCAAGAAGGAUCGCAAACCGCUCCUUGCUGCUUUGGAGGCGCACGCCACCACGCCCAUGCGCUCUCUUCGAAGUCUUGAUCUCAGCCACAACAAGCUCACCAACGCGGCUUUGGGCAUCCCCGAUCUCGCCGGCCGCCGCAGCAAAACUGCUCAAGACAACGCUCGUGAUGCUACCCUUGUUCGAUUGCCGACCGGUCUCAAGACCCUCCACCUCGGGCACAACAACAUUCGGGGUCCGGUUUCUGUCAAGCUAUUCCAGCAGCUCGCCUACCUGGAGGACCUCGGCUUGCCAGGUUGCGGCAUCGGCGAUGAUGUUCUCGCACCAGAGGGGGCCUCUGAAACAUCGAAAGAGAUCCUUGCCAACCUUUCCGUUCUCGAUCUGUCCGGCUGUGAGGUCGACGACCUCGCCAAGAUGGAAGCUCUGUUCGGAUCGCGUCGCAUCCAGUCCUUCGAUCAAGCCAUAGGCAAGGUCGAUACCCUCCCUUCGAAUCAGGAACAUGCUGAAGCUAGUGCAGGAAUGCCAGCACGACAGCUCGUGCGAGUGCUCAAUCGUCCCACUUCUGCCGACAUUGACAAGAUGGAGGAUCGUCUCAACGUCAAAGUCCUCUGUCUCCUGCUGGAAGGCAACCCACUGAGGGAAGAAGCCUUCCGUCAGAAGCGAGGUGGUCGUUCCGCCUCUCCGCAAAAGAAAGCUAUUGUUCCGGUGAACGUGGCUGCUUCCCCGAGCAAAGCUGCCCCUGCUGCUCCAACCGCUCAGAGCAGUGUCUUUUCGGAUGCGCCCCCGACUGCAACACCGCCUCCCAGUCUUCCUGCCGCUGCUACAGGCGCAUCUCAGCUUCCGCCAAAACCAAAGGUGGUCAAGGAAGAAUGGGAGAUCCUAGCUGAGUCCGGUCUCAACACCGAGCUUGGCCGUCGAAAGCUCCGCAUCGAGCAAGCCAGAAGAGAACAGGAAGCUGCUGCAGCAGCUGCGGCGGCUGCGAAAGAAGGCGAUGGCGCCGGAGGCGAAGAGGCCCAAAGCCGUGGUAGAAAACCGCGCGCUGCCGACGAUGCAGCCAAUUCCGAUCCUGACAACGGCGCAGAGUCAAGGGAGCGGGACAGCUCGCAGAAUCCCGGCGAGGCAGCGGACGACAAGGAUACCGGCAGUGCGCUCGCCAACGCCAAGCUCAGCUCCAAGAAGAAGGAGGCGCUUGGCCAAGUUCCCUGCAAGUUUUUUCGGAGUAAUGGAUGUUCGGCCGGCGCAUCCUGUCCCUUCGCCCACACUCUCCCGGGAGAUGGCGGGCAAAAGUCCGUUUGCCAGUGGUUCCUGAAGGGCAGUUGUCGCUUCGGCCACAAGUGUGCCUUGGCGCAUGUUCUGCCUGGGCAGCCCAUGAGCAUGGAUCGCAAGAACAAGCGAGCUGCUCAGCAUGGCCAGCCACUUCCGCAGGCACCCAAUCAGCAGCAGCAACAGAUGGGCGGCGGUGUGCAAGCAUCACCGUCCCAACCGACCUACUCGAGCCAGCUCAAAGCCGGUCCGUCCCAAAAUUCGAUGCCGCGACAGGUUUCAGCGCAGCAAGUGCAACAGCAAGCGCAGGCCGUGUCGCAAAUGUCCAUGGCUCCUCAGCAGGCCACAUCCAACCGCAACGAUCUUGUGCCCGGUCAAGCGCCUCAGCAGGUGCACAAUCAAAAGCCGUCGUUCACGACGCGCGAUCACGAUCUGCCCUUUGGCAUGCCAGACGACUUCCAGCCCUCCGCUGCUGCAUCUACUGAUCCGGCCCGGGCUGGCUUCGAGGGCGUCACUAUGGGACAAUCGUCCGCGAGGGAUCCGGCCAUGUCGACAUCGUUCACCGGCAGCUCCUCGUUCCGCCGCCCGGGCACCUUGUCGCAGAGCCUGAGCGCUUCCCUCGCCGCUCAGUCCUUCGGAGGUAUGGACUCGCCGGCGACCGCAGCUGCCUUUGGCACAUCCGCCAAUGCGUCGCGAGCGUUUGGUACGAGCCCCUUCAGCCAUCCCAGCGGGCACGCUCUGUUCUUCAGUGGCAGUCAGGAUUCCGAAGGCGGCGCAGGUCCCUUUGCACGGAACAACCGAGAUGCCUUUGCAGCGCGCAGCACAGGACGCAAGGAUGAGGCCACGAACAUUUGGGGUGGAAUCGGCUCUGGUGCCAAUGUCCGAUCUAUUGGCCGCAGCAAAGUCGAGGACGACAUGGAAGACGCCGAGGACUUCCUCCCGUCCAGUCUUUCAGAUCUGCUCACGCCGGCUGAGCUGGAUCGCAGGAGGCGCAGCAAUCUUCUAUCGAGCUCGUUCGCUGGCAACGAUGAAAGGGUCACUGUGGCCCAGAGCAUGCCCGCGCAAGCUGGAAUCCCGCUCGGAUCGUCUCUUGGAUUUGGUCGUACCGCCAUCGGCGCGGAGCGUGGCAACACGAGCAAUUUGUCGACAGGAUUCCAGCAGCAACAGCAGUAUCAAAAGCAAGGAACAGGCGACGACUUCAGCCCCUUUGGCAGCGUACGCCGUACGAGUGGGCUUGACUCGAUCGCUUUUCGCGAGAGCUCGUCUGGCUUGUCGACCUCGGCCAGCCGCACUGCUGCUCAUCAUGCGCCGGGACAGAGCUUGCCCCAGGGCUUGGCAGCCGGUCUGAGCCGACUGCACCUUCGUACUGGUCGCCAAGGAGACGUCGGUGCUGGUGGGUUUGGCGCCAUCGGAGGAGGCGCAGGCAACGACGGUGUCACAGCGUCAUCUACCAACGGUGGCACAUUCGGACCUUCUUCCUUCUCACAAAACUCGCAGCUGGGCAACGGCAACGGCGGCCUGCGCGUUCCCAGCAGCCUCGACGACUACGGCCUCGGUCCCACGGCGCCUUCGUCCGUUUUGGGCCACCGCAGCCCACUCACCUUCGCCGUCGGCAGCUCCAGCAACGUUCCUGGCCACCGUCUCAGCGGCUCGUUCGCAGACCGUCAGCUCGGCAACGGCACCUUCGGCUCACCAGGCAGCGGCAACAUGAGCUCGCCCUUCUCACCUCCACUCCCAGCCAUCGGAUCGCACCGCGGCGAAGGCGGCAUCGCCAUACCCGAAGGCGGUGCACAGAAGCACGCUUCGACAGUGGGCGGGACGAGGUACGCCCAGCAUCCUGCCACUCAUCGGCUGAGAGCGGGAAGCUCGGCUGCUGCUCCGCACUCGCCGUUGACGUUGCCUGUGGUGACGGCCGAGGAAGAUGAGGAGGAAGCGAUAUUCGAGCUGGAGUAG